GCCCGCCGGGUCAGAGGUCACUGGCAAAAUGGCGGCUGCAGUGACCUUCCGCCGGCUGCUGGCGCUGCCCGGGGACGUUCGCGCUUUCGGGGUGCGGGUGUCGCCGACUGGGGAGAAGAUCACGCACACGGGCCAGGUUUAUGAUGAUAAAGACUACAGGAAAAUUCGGUUCGUAGGGCGUCAGAAAGAGGUGAACGAAAACUUUGCCAUCGACCUGAUAGCAGAGCAGCCCGUGAGCGAGGUGGGCCAGCGGGUGAUCGCAUGCGAUGGCGGCGGGGGCGCCCUGGGCCACCCCAAGGUGUACAUUAACCUGGACAAAGAAACCAAGACGGGGACGUGUGGCUACUGCGGCCUGCAGUUCAAGCAGCACCAUCACUAGCCGGGCAUGGGAUGCGAGUGGGCAUGCGACACCUUGGCCUUGGAGGGGAUCCUGGCACUAAAUAAAGGGCCCAGCACCCAG